AAUGAUUGUCAGUGUUGUGGAGUAACUAUUUACAUGUAACGGAAUCACGUAAUUGGGUUUAUACAUAUGCUUUUUUUUUAAGGUUAACUAUUAGAUGCCUGAGUUUCCUGUCAUAGCUAUGCAAAGAUUUGAUUUCAUUCAACAAUAUCAUAUCUAUUAAAACAUUUCUUGUCAUGGUUUUAAAUCUCUAUUUAACCUCAGAAUGAUGUCAAAAUAAAAAAGUGCUAAAGUCUGUUUUUGUGAAAGAUAAAUUACAAAAAAUAUUAUAAUCCUAUUUUAAAUGAUGUAGAAUUCUGAAAGUCUGACAGUAACAGUUGUUGAGUACAACUGUUAGGUUGAGCCUGCCUGAAAAUAAAAAAAAUGAUUAUCAAUUGAAAACAUUCAUUGAAAUUUAGAAAAUUAAUCAAAAAGUAAUCAAAUGUAAUCAGUUACAUUAAAGUAAGUGAAAUAGCUACAUGUUACAUUUUAAAUAGGGUAACCUUAAAUGUGUUAGCUAUAACAUUUCCAAAGUCACCUUCCGAACACUGAUGAUUGUACAUGUUUUUGCAAAUAAAAUGGUAUGAUGACAAAUUAAUGUGUUACUUGUCUACAAGUUUUGCUUACCCAAAAUGUAAGUUAGUAAAGCAGUCUCUCAUUGACUCUCUCCCUGAAACACUUUGUAAAGUUUGCUCAGUGGCAGUGAAAAAUGCACUCAUUGAAGUAAAUCGGUGUCUUGUCUACAGUUCAGUCAAGUACAGUACCUGUUAUAAUUAAGAUGCUGUUCUCCCUGUGGUCUUCUUUAAGAGGUAUAAGGAUGAAAGAACCUGAGAUACUUUGAUCUCCUGAGAAACAGACAAUACAAACAUACACAGGCAUCUUUCUUUCUUUCUUUCUUUCUUUUUCUUUCUUUCAGUGGCUGGAAGUGCGAGGUCUGUGACCUACAGCAAAAUCUGUGGAUGAAUCUGAGAGAUGGAAAGAUUUUUUGUGGGCGGAGAUAUUUUAAUGGCUCAGGGGGGAAUAAUCAUGCCCUCCUGUACUACCAGUAGAGUGGGGCUCACCGGGAUGAAGAACCUGGGAAACAGCUGCAACCUCAACUCCAUCAUGCAAGUGCUCUUCACCAUCCCAGACUUCCAGACCAAAUACGUUUCCAACAUCGAAAAGAUCUUUAAUGAGGCGCCCAGUGACCCUACCCAGGAUUUUAAGACUCAAGUAGCAAAGCUGGGUUAUGGCCUUCUUUCUGGAGAGUACUCUAAGCCGGCCCCUGACCCCGGAGAUGACCCCAGUACCUCCACUGAACCCAGGGGAGACCAGGUUGGCAUAGCACCUCGCAUGUUCAAAGCUCUGGUGGGACGAGGCCACCCUGAGUUCUCUACCAAUCGGCAACAGGAUGCGCAGGAGUUUCUUCUUCACUUUAUAAAUAUGGUGGAGAGGAACUGUCGUUCAGGCAUGAAUCCCUCAGAAGCUUUCCGCUUCCUAGUGGAGGAGAAGAUCGUAUGCCAGCAGUCACAAAAGGCCAAAUAUACCCAGCGAGUGGACUACAUGGUCCAGCUGCCUGUUCCCAUGGACCAGGCCACUAAUAUGGAGGAGCUACAAGAAGCAGAGCGUUGCAGAGAGGAGGCGGAGUCAUCUGGAGCCCCUCCCCCUGCCGCACCACGUGCUCAGAUCCCAUUUGCUGUCUGUUUGGCUGCUCUUAGCGAACCGGAAACUCUCACAGAUUUCUGGAGCUCUGCAGUACAAGCCAAAACCACUGCCACAAAGAUCACUCGCUUUGCUUCAUUUCCUGACCAUCUUGUCAUCCAAAUUAAGAAAUUCACUUUUGGCCUCGAUUGGGUUCCUAAAAAACUAGAUGUGAGCAUUGACGUUCCUGACACGCUGGAUCUGAGCUCGCUCCGUGCUAUGGGACAGCAGCCAGGGGAGGAGCUUCUGCCAGAGGUGGCUCCACCUCCUCUCAUGACCCCUGAUGUGGAGGUUAAAGGUAUCCUGGGUUCCCAGGGCAACGAGGAGGACGACUCCCUCUACUCCCCACUGCUGUCUCCGGUGUUGGAUGACUCCACAGUGUCUCAGCUGUGUGAGAUGGGUUUUCCUCUGGAGGCCUGCAGGAAGGCCGUGUACUACACAGGCAACACUGGCAUCGAUGCUGCUAUGAACUGGGUGAUGGGACACAUGGAAGACCCUGAUUUCUCGGCACCUUUAGUGUAUCCUGGAUCAAGUUCUGCUCCUGGCACCACACCCACAGAGAGUCUACCUAAGGAACAUCUAGCAACUAUUAUUUCUAUGGGAUUCAGCCGAGACCAGGCCACUCGCGCUCUCAGAGCUACGAAUAAUGUUCUGGAGCGAGCCGUGGAUUGGAUCUUCUCUCAUCUGGAUGAUCUGGAGUCCAUGGAUGUGUCUGAAGGUGGGCGCUCAGAGGGAGGAAGUGAAGCCAGUCGCGAACCUCCUCCAGGACCGCGUGUCCGUGACGGACCAGGAAAGUAUGAGCUUUUUGCGUUCAUCAGUCACAUGGGAACGAGCACAAUGUGUGGUCAUUAUGUCUGCCACAUCAAGAAGGACCAACAGUGGGUAAUCUUUAAUGAUCAGAAAGUUUGUGCCUCUGAGAAACCACCUAAGGACCUGGGCUACCUGUACUUUUACAGAAGAGUGGUUGAAUAGAGUAAACUAGAAUAGCGUUUCCCUCUCACACACACGCACACACACACUCCUCUGUAUCUGAUCUACUGAAACAGUAGGGCCAGACUCCUGCUUCUAAACUGACGCACCAUUUAAUAAGUCAAAGCACUUCUCAGUCAAAUAUAUUCACUACCAAGAGAACUGUAAUGAAGACAGAAGGGGAAAAAUGAGAUGUAAGAUGUGAAGAUUCGUGUUCUUACUCAAAACGCCUUGUUGUUCAACGCCUUACCACACACACACACACACUCUCUUUAGUCUCUUUCGUGCCUCCCCCUGAUUGGAUAGUGGCUAUUGUGACAUCAUCGCUUUUAGAGCUAAGCUCCUCCUUCCUUUGUGUUUCAGAAUGUUUUUGCAAAUGUUUAAUGGCAAGUAAAUGUCACUAAAUCACAAAAAAAAAAAAAAAACGGUCAAACGUUAUAAAUUGGAUUUUUAAAUGUAAAAAAAAAUAUGAAUGCAAAAGGUGUUGUGCAGUUUCACUUUUCCCCUUGUUUUGUUCUCCUUUUUUUGGGGGGGGGGGGGGGGGAUAAUUCCUUUUGCUUUAAAAUAAUAAAAAAGUGGCUUCUGCUUUUGACUCUGUGUAUUAAUUAUGUGUGUGUAUUAAGGAACUUUCUGCCUAAUGCAGUGUCAGCAUUAAUAAACAUGUUUAUUACAGAAAGUAACGUGAAUGCACUGGCAAUACUGAAAGUGGAAAGAGUAAAAAAGUAUUGAUAAAUGUAAAAACAUGAAACUCUUCAUUUAUCUGGUAAACAGCGUGAGGUUAAAGUUUCAUGAUGUUUGACUGCUGAUGAGAUUUGGUUCAGGUUUUGGUGUCGACUGGUUUCCCGCACACGAUAGUUUUUACCAGUUGGACUAAAUGCGCAGAACUUGCCUCAAACUUUAUCAACAAACAUAAAACAGCAUCCAAAC